AAAGCCGGCAAUGCUUGCAUCAGUACCAGUUCCUAAUCUUCCUGCCCUGGCUGGUGACCCACAAUGCCAAACAACCCCAGCACUGUCAUGGAUCUACUUACCUCCCAACAGUCCCUCUGGAUCUUCGGAUAUGGUUCUCUGGUAUGGAAGCCGAACUUCGAAUUUACCUCCAGCAAAGUGGGCUUCGUCCCAGGCUACAGCCGCAAGUUCUGGCAAGGGGACACCUUCCACAGAGGCAGCCCACAAAUGCCUGGCCGCGUCGUGACCUUGCAAGAAGAUUAUUCGGAGUGCACGUGGGGCAUAGCCUAUGAGGUGCGUGGCAAGCAGAUUGAGUUGUCCCUUGAGCACCUGGAUGUACGAGAGUCUGUGCUUGGAGGCUACAUCACUAAACUGGUCAAGUUCUACCCCCAGGACGAGGGAGAGGAAGGAGCAGUGCUGGCGCUGGUUUAUAUAGCCACACCUCAAAACCCCCGUUACCUGGGUCCAGCCUCUGAAGAGGAGAUUGCAGCCCAAAUUGUAGCAUGCAGCGGGUGUGCCGGACACAACAUUGAGUAUCUCCUGCGCUUGGCAGAGUUCAUGCACAACUGCUGCCCUAAUGCGGAGGACAAACAUCUGUUCUCUAUAGAAGAGGCACUCGUAGCCUGUCUGUCCUCUGCUAAAAUGCAAAUCCUGGACAAAAGAGUUCUUCUGAGGUCUUCAUGACUACAUAGACACCUCAAAACCUUUUGUUUCCUCUUGUACCUAUAAAGGACCUGUUUGUGAUCCACAUUAGACAAUCACUGACUUUCCAGGAUAAUAAUCACUACUCCGGAAUCUCGGAUACUCAUCCGACACUCUAUUCAAGUCACAAUGUUUACAAAUAUUUCUCCUCAUAAUUAAGAGGGGAGGGGGUUGGGUGUCUAUCAAGAGGUUUUCCCAUCAUGUUCUUGUCUAAGUGUCCUUCAGCUCCACUCGGUACCAAGUGAUGUCCAAUGAAAGAAUACUGCCUGGGAGAAGGGUAUUUGGUGGGGGGGGGAGCUGUUUCUGUCUGUCUUUAUCUUUGUGACUCUUUAGUAUUUGUGUUGUUUGGUCCAGCUGAGCAGGCCUUUGCUGGAAGUCCUGUAUAUACUAAAUCUACCUCUGUUAUUUAAGGGGUGAAAGCAAAUAAGUAGCAACUAAAGGUGGAAGUCUUGUAUAUACUAAAUCUACCUCUGUUAUUUAAGGGGUGAAAGCAAAUAAGUAGCAUAUAGUAAAUAUAGAGGUCGUAAUCUGAAUGUCCCAUGCUGCAUGCCAAACGUUUUUUUCGCCAUAAUAGUGUAUUAUCAGUUUCAACAUUUUGCUCUAGUUGUAGUAACCCUUAUGUGGGUAGCAUAUACUGGUCUCAUUGGUUUCCAUAGGUUACAAGUUCUGGGGCAAACUGUGCUUGGUAUUAUAUUACCUUUGUGGUAGUGGUAUGACGUCUCCAUAAACUGGAUUGAGCAGCAUGUGAGCUUCAGCAUUUCAGCAGUGAGACCCUGCGCAUCAUUAGUUUCAAUCUGAUUGGUUCUUAAGCCGCAGGAUGUCAGCGGAGCCUCUCAGUGAAAUGCAGGUACUGGAACCUGUCUGACUCCGGCUUAGCUAAAUGUACUGCUAAUGGGUACUGAUUAUAUACUCCACCCGUGAGUUCACAUCCGCCCCAUGUCACUCACAUUCUGUUAUUAUUGUGAGCUCUAACAGUGGUGUGGAUGACAUGUAUCUGAGCUGCUGUGUGGGUAGGAACAAUAUUAAUUGAUUUAAAGGGGAAAAUCACCUUUGUAGUAACACUUAUAGUUGUGCAUCUAUACAUCUGGUCUUCAUUCCCCCUCCAAAGUCAAAAUGAAAAUGCCCUCUGGUAUCUAGAGUGUGUGACCCCUGCAACCAAAUGCUAGACUGAUGGAGAGGAUAGAUUGAUUUUUUUAUUGGCGCUAUUAUUUAUUACUUAUAUUUUUAUUCAGGAACUCCGCUAUUUACCCUUCAUUCAGUCAAGUGCCUGGUUGCUUGGGCAGGGAGCUAUAGCUAAAACAAAUGCUUACCAGAAAAUGUAAAUGUCAGCAAAUUAUACUUAAAGUGAAUCUAAAGGUGAAAUCCUCUUUUUAUCAAUGUGUUUAUAUGUCCUUUGGCAGAUGGAUAAUACUGUUAUUGCCCCCCCCCCCUGGUGUCACAUGAUAGGUGCCAGUAGCUCUAAUAUGUAGAUCCUGGUUAAUAUAAGGACAGUAAGGGAUAUUUGUGCUGCUAAGAUUCCUUUCUGUCAUUUUGGCAGAGACGGGUCUAAUAAACUGAUUAGUGAAAUGGGCAACGUGCAAUAGUGAGUAGUGGAGCAAUGAACAUGCUUGUAUUUUAUUAUAAUUGUAUUUGGUUGCAGUGGAAAAAAAUGCCAAUUUGUUAUAGUUUCUGGUUGCCAUUUCACAGUAUACAAACAAACCCCCCCCCCCCCCCCAAAAUAAAACACUAUUAUUUAUUUUACAUUCCUUUGAAGAGCAACCUUCUCUGCCUGAACUAUACAAAUGCCUUAUACACUGUAAGCCAAAUAAAUGUAUUAAACAACUGUUUUUAAGUUUGCUAAAUUGUUCUAGUUAAAAAUCAUGGAAAUCUGCUCCCUACUGCUUAUGAGUACUGUAUAUUCUGUACACUGUAUUUUUUUUUAUACAAACCCAGCAAUAAACUGAUUUAUAUAUAAA